CAACACAUAGAAAACGUCUUGAAUCGGAGAUAACUCAGCGGCUGAGAGCACGGGCUGCACCGCACUUUCAAUCGGCAGCGGCAACUGGAAUCGAAGAAACAACCGCAGGACAAGAAAAAAACAAUAGUGUGUAAUUAUGGCUGAAGUGAUGUCAAUGUUUGACGUUCAAGCUGCCGCAUCACGGCUCAACAUUGACCUCUCUGGAGUCGAUCUGGAUUCAAUCCGCCUCCCUCCUGGUGAGGAUAUGGGCAUCUUAAGUGAUGAUGGUGAUUUAGCAGAGGGGGAUGCGUUGGAGUUCGACAAUGGGUUCGGGAACGUGAUAGUUGUUGACAAUUUGCCAGUUGUUCCCAAAGAAAAGUUUGAGAAGCUGGAAGGUGUCAUUCGAAAGAUAUACAGUCAAAUUGGGGUCAUUAAGGACGAUGGUCUUUGGAUGCCUGUUGACCCUGAUACUCAGAAAACCCUUGGCUAUUGUUUUAUUGAGUACAAUACUCCACAGGAAGCUGAGCUUGCUAGGGAGAAAACACAUGGUUAUAGAUUAGAUAAAUCCCAUAUUUUUGCACUUAACAUGUUCAAUGAAAUCGAGGAAUUCAUGAAAGUUCCAGAUGAAUGGGCACCACCAGAGACAAAAGCUUAUACACCAGGGGAGAAUUUACAAAACUGGCUCAUUGAUGAUAGAGCCAGAGAUCAGUUUGUAAUUCGUGCUGGGGCAGAUACAGAAGUUCUAUGGAAUGAUGCUAGGCAGAUGAAGCCAGAUCUUGUUUAUAAACGUCAGUAUUGGACUGAGAGUUUUGUUCAGUGGUCCCCUCUGGGCACUUAUCUGGCCACAGUUCAUAGGCAAGGUGCUGCCAUCUGGGGAGGUGCUACCAGCUUUGAACGUUUGAUGCGUUAUCCUCACCAACAGGUGAAGCUCAUUGACUUUUCUCCUGGAGAGAGCUUCUUGGUAACAUACAGCAGCCAUGAGCCAAGUAAUCCUCGCGAUUCUCAUAGGGUUGUUUUGAACAUUUUUGAUGUGAGAAGUGGAAAAGUCCGAAGAGAUUUUAAGGGGAGUGCUGAUGACUUUGCAGUUGGGUCUGGAGGUGUUGCUGGUGUCUCCUGGCCAGUUUUUAGAUGGGGCGGCGGCAAGGAGGACAAGUAUUUUGCCAGAAUAGGAAAAAAUGUCAUCUCUGUAUACGAAACAGAGACUUUCAGCCUUGUUGACAAAAAGUCUAUAAAGAUUGAUAAUGUUCUGGACUUCAGUUGGUCUCCAGCGGAUCCCAUUCUUGCCCUUUAUGUUCCUGAACUUGGUGGAGGAAAUCAGCCUGCAAGGGUGAGUCUUGUACAAAUUCCAAGCAAGGAAGAAUUAAGGCAGAAGAACCUUUUCAGUGUCAGCAACUGCAAAAUGUAUUGGCAAAGCAAUGGGGAGUACCUUGCUGUUAAUGUUGAUCGGUACACAAAAACAAAGAAAAGCACAUAUACAGGCUUUGAGCUGUUCAGAAUUAAGGAAAGAGAUAUUCCCAUCGAGGUUUUGGAGCUGGAGAACAAGAAUGAUAAGAUUAUUGCAUUUGCUUGGGAGCCAAAAGGACACAAAUUUGCAAUUAUCCAUGGUGACAACCCAAAGCCAGACAUUAGCUUCUACUCUAUGAAGAGUGGCAAUAACACAGGAAGAGUUUCAAAGCUUGCAACAGUCAAAGGAAAACAAGCAAAUGCUCUAUAUUGGUCACCAACAGGCCGUUUUAUCAUAUUUGGUGGCUUGAAGGGGCUCAAUGGGCAAUUGGAGUUCUUUGAUGCGGAUGAACUGGAAACCAUGGCCGUGGCGGAUCACUUCAUGGCUACUGAUAUCGAAUGGGAUCCUACUGGAAGAUAUGUCGCGACAUCUGUCACUUCUGUUCAUGAAAUGGAGAAUGGUUUCAACAUCUGGUCUUUCCAUGGCAAGCUAUUGUAUCGGUUCUCGAGGGAUCAUUUCUUCCAAUUUCUGUGGCGUCCAAGGCCCCCAUCUUUCUUGAGCAAGGAGAAAGAGGAGGAGAUUGCGAAGAAUCUGAAAAAAUACAGCAAGAAAUAUGAGGCAGAGGACCAGGAUGUUUCUCUACAACUAAGCGAGCAAGACCGCCAGAAGAGAAGGAAGUUGAAGGAGGAAUGGGAGGCGUGGAUCAAUGAGUGGAAGAGAGCGCACGAAGAGGAGAAAUUGGAGCGGCAAAAGCUCCGCGAUGGGGAAGAAAGUGACGAAGAUGAAGAGUACGAGGCUAAAGAAGUCAUGUUUGAGGACGUGAUCGAUGUUUCCGAGGAGGUUCUUUCUUUCGACUGAUAAUAAAGACUUUCUUGAUCAUCUUUUUUAGACCUCCCACCAAAGUUAUUUCCCAAGAUUGCACUUUUUUGAUUAACUUUGUUUUGGGCUAGUGUCAGUUGUGACUUUUGAAUGUUGAGGCUUGGGAAGAUGUUUAGCAUUUUAGUUACAAUUUAUGCUGUUUGUUUUUCAUGGAUUUUCGUUUGUAAGUUUAGAGCAUUUAUUUGUGAAAUUUUUAACAGUUCUUACUAUCCCUUGUUUUGAUGUUUCUAUGUGAAAUGCACGGAUAUGGGUAAACAUGGCAUUUAGAAAUGCAAUUUCUUAAGAAAAAAAGCAAGGCAAG